UUUUACCCUUCUCAUUUAUUAUUCAUUCAUUCCGUCCAAUAACGACAACAACAGCAAAAACAACAACGGCGACAAAGAACAUCAUUGAAAAAGAAGAUUAUUAACAGAAAGGCAACAGGAGUUUUUUUAUUAUUGUUAUUAUUAUUAUUGUUAUUUCCUAGACAACAUGGGCAAGACCAAGACUACAAAGAAAUUUGCGCUUGUCAAGCGUAUGAUCAACCCUAAUGAUGCACGUCUUAAAGCAAACCAGGAGAAAUUAAAGAAAAAAGAAGAGGAGAAGGAGAAAAAGGCUGUCAGGCACAUUCCUCAAGUCGCAUCAUCCUUGUUCUUCAACUACAAUUCAGCAUUAGGACCACCAUACAGGGUCUUGGUCGAUACCAACUUUAUCAACUUCUCAAUUCAAAACAAGAUCGAACUGGUCAAGGGCAUGAUGGAUUGUCUCUAUGCUAAAUCCAUCCCCUGUAUUACCGAUUGUGUCAUGGCAGAGUUGGAGAAGUUGGGCCCUAAAUUCAAAGUGGCCCUUAGGGUGGCUCGUGAUCCAAGAUUCGAACGUUUACCCUGUACUCACAAAGGAACUUAUGCUGAUGAUUGUCUUGUCGAACGUGUGAUGCAACACAAAUGCUUUAUCGUCGCCACAUGUGAUCGUGAUCUCAAACGGAGGAUAAGAAAGAUCCCCGGUAUCCCCAUCAUGUAUCUAUCCCAACGCAAGUAUACAAUCGAGCGCUUGCCAGAGGCCUAUGGCGCUCCCACCAAUUAAUCAUACCAUUUUAUAUUCUAGCAUUUUCAUUUCAUUUCAUUUCUUUUCUUUUCUUUUCUUUUCUUUUCUUUUCUUUUCUUUUCUUUUCUUUUCUUUUCUUUUCUUUUCUUUUACUAUACUCUCUGCAUU